AUGGAUUACAUUCGUGCCUUUGAUGUAGAGUUGGAUCGACUGGUGUAUUAUGCUGGAGAAAUGCUCACUGGAAAUGUUUAUCUGGAGGUAGAAGAGAACAUGCGAAUGCAAAAUAUAAAGAUUUUUCUGCGUGGCAAGGCCCAUGCUGAAUGGAAAAUCAUGCGAGCAGGAGAGAGAAGAACUGUAAAGCAAGAUGAGCAAUAUAUCGAUGAACGAAUGCUUCUCUGGGGCAAAGAUGACAAUGAUUCCAACCAGGGCAUACCAAUACUAACUAGAGGUCGCCAUUGCUACCCAUUUAGCUUUCAACUUCCAGACACUGCACUGCCUUGCUCAUUUGAGAGCAAAAUUGGAACAAUUCGAUAUUAUGUACGGGUUCAUCUCAACAUUCCGUAUGCAUCAUGCCCUCAGUGUAUUCGCUACUUCACUAUCAUUGGACCUCAGACUGACUGUAUGGAUGAAAGAUUUCUGACUCCAGUGUCUUCAGUAGCCAAGAGGAACUCUUGCAGUCUUUGUUGUGGGAAAGGUCCACUGAUUUUGCGAGCAACUCUGGACAGAUCUUCAUUUGUUUGCGGAGAACACAUAAAGUUGAAAGUUGAAGUACAGAAUGGAAGUGACUCAGAAGUUUGGGUUUUGUGUAAGCUUAUUCAGUAUGUGGAGUUUUUCAUCAACAAAGGUGUCCUAGGCUUGUCUAAAGAAGUGCGGCACACAGUUUUGGAGGCAGAAAGUGAAAAAGUGCCUCCACAUGAAACAUCACAACUGGAUGAGUUGAUGGACAGAUUAGUAUUACCCAUCAUGCCUCCCACCACAGUUGAUGUUUGUGGACUGGUGCAGAUUUAUUAUACCUUAAAGUUGUAUCUUGAAACAUCCAAAAGUAAGGGAGAAGCUGCAGAAAUCAAUUUCCCAAUUACUAUAGCAACAGUGCCAUUUAGGAUAAACAAUGGAUCAAUGCCUGAGAUACAUUAUGAGAGCGCUGCUCCAAAUGUAGAAGGGGGGAUGUACAUCAGCCCAGAGUUCCAACUGGGUCAGGUUUACAUGGGAGAUGAAGUUGAUCCAGAGACUGACCAGACGAUUCUCUAUCACCCUGUGUACGUGUGUGUGACUGAAGAAUGUCCUCCCACAAAGCCAGAUACUCAUCUGCUACAGGUUCCGACACGGCAGAUGGCAAAGAAUCGAGAGACCAUUACUGGAGAAGGUCAACAACUUCAGGAAAACAUAACUCCUGCCUACAAUGCGCAGCAGCAGGCAGUGAUGUUUCAGGUUUCAGAUGAUGGCAAAAGCAGCAGUAGCAAAGUCAUCAAACCUGAAGACAAGUUUUUGAAAGAAAUUACUGCCAAAAUUGCCAGCAGACAGAUGAAGGGGCAAAAUGGUGAAGAUGGCACCACAUUUGGAGCAGCUUCUGAUGAUGCCUCAGCCCAGCAUACGGAUAUUGAUACACAAGUAGAAAUUCUGAGAGAGCAAAGGAAAUCAAAAGAUAACGUACACAAGGCCUUGGUAAAUGAGCUACGCAGACAUUUGUCAGAAGGAGAAGAUGGAAUGGAGAUAGAGAAAGUACCUCCAAGUCUGAAAAAACCAGCUGCUUUAAGGAAGGCAUCAGCAGAUCUUGACAAGUGCAUUAAACCCAGCAUUGGCAAAAUGGUGAUGCAUCCGUCUGAAGUUAAUGCAGUGGGCAAAAAGAAUGCUGUCCUAAUAGAUAAUCAAGUGGAGACCAGUGGACCUGCAGCUGUGCUGUCAUUGAAUUCAGGGAAUGUUCUGGAAAAAACAGACACAGGUCCAGUGGAUAUUGAUGAGCAUGAAGAGGAGAUUGAGUACUCAGAGCACUCUGCUCUACUGACCACGUCAUCAGAUAGUGUUCAAACAGACUUAGAAAGAAAAAUUGUUUUGUCACAGGAGAAAUCUUCAAAUAUAAUAUCUAUGCAACAUUCAAUAGAAAAACUUCCACCUGAUGAAGCAGAUGAUUCACUUAGCCAAAGUUUUCAGAUUUCUGGAAAGUUAGGGGAUCGAAGAGAAAAUUCAGACAUUCAUGGAUCAUCAGUGAGUGUAGCAAGAAAUAUGAAAUCGGUGAGAGUUGUUAGCAGUCCAAACAGAAGAGUUAACAACAUAACUCCAGCUGCUUUGGCUGCUACAGUUACCUGUGCUGCCCCUGCAGCAGCUGAUCCAUUCUUAAUGAGAACAGAGCACUCGCCUAAAGUGGCACCGAAACCUAAACAAAAGGAACGUCAUUCACUUCCUGCAGGUCAUUUGUUUCUGUCACCCUCUGAAAGCUCUGAGUUGUCAGUGGAAACUGUUGGCAGACCAAAGAGUGAAAAUGUGGACAAGUACAGAAAUGAGCAGCAUCAAGAUGAGAGCAUUGCUUAA